AAUGAUUAGACUCACUGAUUAGCCUGUGAAAUGUGUAUACGUAAUGAAUUUCGAGGUAAAGUCAUCACUUCUCUCUAGAGCUGCUGGACGGUCGGCAUCCACUCCAGUAAUUCAAACAUUCGAGGAGUUCGAAUAUUUUAAAUCUAUUUGUUUGCUGAAUCAUCUUAUAACACGUUCUCAGCUCUCUGAGGUUACAGGCGUGUGCGAUAUACAGCAAGAUGUGUUCUCAGCUGCAGGUCAUGGUGGUGGCUCUGUCUGUCCUUGUGUUGGUUAGUACGGUCAGUGCAGCACCCAGAGGAGACAUCCUGGCCCAGCUGCAGGCAGACCCCAAAGGGAAUGAGGAGCUUUCCCGCAUGCUCAUCCUGAAGCUCCUGUCUGAUCUGGAGAUUCCAGGUGAUAAUGAGGUGCUUUCAGGCACAGAUGUGAGGAGCGACAUGGUGCGCCAGCUGCCCUUCCCACAGCGGGAGCGCAAAACCGGCUGCCGCAAUUUCUUCUGGAAGACCUUCACCUCCUGCUAGCUCCACGACUUCACAUCAAAUAGUUUAUUAGCACAACUCUGAAAGGACUUUUGUCUUUAAUGCUGUAGCGUAUACAGGGGUAUUCCACCCUCAUGCCCAAUGGGGUUUAUUUUUGUAGACCUUUUAUUUAUGUUUUUGGAAUAUAAUGCAUUGCUGUUUUAUCCCUGAUCGCCUCUGGAUAUAGACAUAUCUGAUGUUUACUAUGUUUUUGACAGUGUCUUUGUUAAGGUCAUAGCGUAAAGAACCACAUUUAUUUAAUGUGACAUUUGUAGCUAAAAGUUGGGUUUAAAAGUCAGAAAUUCAGAUUUAGGCCACAAAUAUUUCAAAAUGCUGCAACACAACAGAUUACAUCCCAAGAUCAUCAAAUACCUACAAGCAGAUCUAGUGUCAUAUCUGUAAUAUUUGUCUAAAGUGUAUGGCUUAUAUGCUUGACUACUAAGAAAAAUAAAGAUCAACAAAUCACUUGCUGAAAACAUG